UUUGAUAUAUUUAAGAGUUUUUUUAAAAUCAAAUCAAAUCAAAUACCCCCUAGUUUUCUUUAUAGAUUUGGCAAAAAUAAAAGAACAAAAUAAAAUAAAAUAAGAAGAUCCUUCUAAUAGAAAAUCAAAUCGAAUCAAAAGUAACGACCCUUCUAUUCUAAUAAGAAAAAUAAUUAAAAAAAAAGGUUGUUGAAUAUUCCAUUGAUAAUUCCUCUCUUCCUUCCCUGGCACGGUUUACGAAGCUAACUUCUCCUAUAAAACGCUCCAUUUUUUUUAUUUUUUAUUUUUGUAUGUGUGUCAGCAUAGAAUAGAAGAAAGAGAGAGAAGAAGGGCCUCUCUGCUCUGUGAAUCAGUCGGUAAUGGUGGAAGUCGGUGAAGGCUCCGGUGUAAAACCCACUGCCGAAAUCUGGGCCAAGCUUGCAGUUCCACUGGACCCAGGAUAUUCAGAUAUUGAGAUUAGGUCAGAUGAAACUGUGGUUUGCUCAGAGGUCAGUUCCUCUUCUGUUGAAAAACGUGAAUGGUGUAAAAUAUCGCGAAAUUUAGAUUUGGUUUCUGCCACAAUCCGAAAUGAGAGUUCAUAUACAAUACUUGCUGAUGAUGCUGCUAUCCAAAAUGAAGAAACUGCCAUUAUCAAGUGUGGAAGUGAAAUUAUUCCUGGCCCUGAUAGAGAAGGGUAUUUGAGCUAUAGGUUCGAAGUAAUGCCCUUUCCUGAUUCCUCCCCAAAGCAAAUAAAGAUUUGUGUUGAUGUUGAGCAUGCAAAAUGCAGCAUUUGCCUAAGCAUAUGGCACGAUGUUGUUACUGCUGCCCCUUGCCUUCAUAACUUCUGCAAUGGAUGUUUCUCAGAGUGGUUAAGGAGAUCCCAGGAGAAACAUGUGUGUGUACUCUGUCCACAGUGUAGAGCAGUUGUACAAUUUGUUGGAAGAAAUCAUUUUCUGCAAAACAUUGCAGAGAAUAUUCUACAAGCUGAUUCUUCACUAAAACGAUCCAAUGAAGAAGUUGCUCAUUUGGAUUCCUAUGCAUCGAUUCAAUCAAAUCUUGUCGUUAAGGCUGGGAAGAGGCAAACUAGGAAGAGAAUUCACUCAUUGGUCGAGGAAGAAACGGAGCUUCCAUGCCCUCAAUGUGGCACUGAGAUUGGUGGGUUUCGUUGCAACCAUGAUACAGUUCAUCUACAAUGUCAAGCUUGUGGAGGAAUGAUGCCAUCCCGAGUCAAUACUUUUGUACCACAACACUGUGUAGGAUGUGAUAGGGCAUUUUGCGGUGCUUAUUGGCAUGCUCAAAGAGUUUCAGUAAGUGAUUCUCAUCCCAUAUGCAGUCGUGAGAAUUUUAAACCAAUCUCAGAACGAUCUAUCUCUAGAAUUCCAUUUUUGGCACAUGAAAAGAACCGGGUUGAACAAGAUGUUACGGAGAAGUGCAUUAGACGGAUGGGGAGAACAUUGCAGGAUGUCAUGACAGAGUGGAUUGCAAAGUUGAACAACAGAGAAAUUGAUAGAACAAGGAUGCCACUGAAUCAUGCCGAGAUGAUAACAGCGGAGACCCAUUUAUGCAAUGAUUGCUAUGAAAAACUGAUCUCAUUCCUCUUGUACUGGUUCCGGAUUUCAAUGCCCAAACAUUUUUUACCACCAGAUGCGUCAAAAAGGGAAAAUUGCUGGUAUGGAUAUUCGUGUCGGACGCAGCACCAUAAUGUAGAACAUGCUCGCAAAAGAAAUCAUGUCUGCCGUCCAACACAGGGUAAUAAUGUGUAAUGCAUUGCAGCAAUUUAGUACUCUGGGGACGUUGUGUUGCACAUCUCGUUCAAUGGUCAUUAUAUGGUUUGAGCCAUGCCAAAUUUAAGACAGUGUAGUUUGCUAUUUGCAUGGGAGUGACACUUCACACGUUUUGGCCUGCCAAAUUUUUGGCUAGUGUUUGGGCUGGUGUUAGAACCCACGGUGAUUUCAUACCAGAGAGUAUUAUUUUCUCUUUUUUUUUUUUUUUUUUUUGGACAAAGUAAUAUUUUCUCAGUUUAGUUUGUCUUUUGCUAUGCAAUGUAGAAAAUUAUAAUGAAUCGAACAAUCUCCUUGGUUUUUUAGACAAAAAGAGCAUAACAGUUCCUAAGAGUGCGUACUAUCUAACACUGGCAUGGUUAGCAUAUAUAAAUAUAUAUAUAUAUAUAUAGGAAAAUUUUA